AAGAGUUUCUUCUCUUUCUUUGGAUCAUUUGUGUUGGAUUCAGCCUUUCUCAACCAUCUCUACACUCUUCAAUCGGUCAAAGAGAGUUCCGAGAAGGUAGAGAAGGGUUGAAAUGGCUAAAAUGGAAGAUGUAGAAAAUGGCGUGCGUGAGGUGAGGGAGUCCCUUAUCAAACAAGAGUUGAGUUGCUGCAAAGAAACCUCCACAAAUGAAAGCGAAUCGAUAUGCAUGGUUCUGCUCUGCACUGCCGUAGCAGUGUGCGGCUCCUUCGAGUUUGGAACUUGUGUUGGAUACUCUGCACCAACUCAAUCAGAGAUUAUGAAGGAUAUUGGCCUCUCUAUAUCUGAGUACAGUGUUUUUGGUUCCAUAUUAACCAUUGGAGCAAUGAUCGGUGCAGUCACUAGUGGAUAUAUUGCAGAUUUUCUUGGGCGCAAAGGAGCUAUGAGAAUUUCAGCUAUCAUAUGUAGCAUUGGAUGGCUUUCCAUUUACUUUGCCAAGGGUCCUUACUUCCUGUAUUUUGGAAGGCUUUCCUCAGGAUGUGGGAUUGGAGUACUUUCCUAUGUGGUACCUGUUUUUAUUGCUGAAAUAGCACCAAAAAACCUACGAGGUGGGCUGACAACCCUGAACCAGCUGUUGAUAUGCGCCGGUUCUUCAGUUUCUUUAGUAGUUGGCACUCUUGUUACCUGGAGAACAUUGGUGUUAAUUGGAUUUCUUCCAUGUCUUCUUCUACUUCUAGGUCUUGUCUUCAUUCCAGAGUCACCAAGAUGGCUGGCCAAAAUGGGGAACCAAAAAGAGUUCACAGUUGCAUUGCAAAAGCUUCAUGGGAAAAAUGCUGAUAUCACUAGAGAAGCAUCAGAGAUUCAAGAGUGUAUUGAAAUACAGGAGAGCCUUCCAAAGGCUGGGAUUAAAGACUUGUUUCAGAGAAGAUACAUCCGUUCUGUGAUUGUAGGUGUUGGCCUCAUGGUGUUUCAGCAAAUUGGAGGCAUCAAUGGAAUUGGAUUCUAUGCAAGUGAAAUUUUUGUAUCCGCAGGAUUCUCCUCAGGCAAGCUUGGGACAAUCCUUAUGGCCACUAUUCAGGUUCCCAUCACAAUUGUAGGUGCUAUUUUAAUGGACAGGAGCGGGAGAAUUCCUCUGCUCAUGGUUUCUGCAUCAGGGACUUUAAUUGGUACCUUUAUCACUGGAGUAUCUUUCUUUCUGAAGGAACAAGGAAUGUACACGGAAUGGGUUCCUAUGCUAGUUCUGUGUGGCAUAUUGGUGUAUUUGGGUGCUUUUUCCAUAGGAAUGGGAGCUGUUCCGUGGGUUAUCAUGUCUGAGAUAUUCCCGUUAAACAUGAAAGGAAUAGGAGGAAGCCUAGUAACUUUAGUUAAUUGGUUUGGCUCUUGGGCAGUUUCUUAUGCUUUCAACUUCCUCAUGAACUGGAGUGCUCCAGGCACCUUUUUCUUAUUUUCAGCAGCUUGUGCAACAACUAUUCUGUUUGUGGCAAAGAUGGUACCUGAGACAAAAGGCCGAUCAUUGGAAGAGAUUCAAGAAUCACUCAGUAACUCUCAAGUAACCUAAAUAGAGAGUGAAGUGAACUCCCUGGAUCGAUACUGCAAGUGUAUUUGAAUACAAGACGAGAGCAAAUGAUGAACCAUUUUAUUACAAUGUCUUAAAAAUCUUUCCGCUUUCCUUUCAUCCAUUCCAAAUCAUGUCCUUGUUAUUGUUCCAAGAAUCUAGCAACCAAAGCAACAA